GAAUAAAAAGCACCGGUGACGUGCGCGCAGGGAAGCACCCAGCAGUAUGUGCGCGCCCACGGGAGGGGCCGAUAGAAAAUGGCGAGUCUGUGCAAAAGGCAGCAAUGCACGAUAGAGAGGCGCGGCUUUCGGCAGGAACUUGACUCUUGGAGACACAAACUCAUUCACUGUGUAGGCUUUGAGAGCAUCUUGGAGGGUUUGUUUGGACCAGGAAUAGUCAAGGAUAUCACUCUAUUCCAAGACUGCGAACCAGAGGAAGUGUCUGACUGGUCCUUCGAUGAAAACUGUCUCUUCUGCUGCUUAAGACGAGAGAAAACCAAGGAGCACGGCGUGGAGAACGGUGCAGGCAGCCACGUGCUGUCGGAGCGAGAGGAUUUCAAACAGGAGCAGUCUCGGAUCAGCCGGCUGGAGAGACAGGCCCAAGACUUUCUCAAUGCUGUGUUCCACAGAAAAGACCUCCCAAGUUUCUCAGACCCUCACAUUCCUCUAGUGGCUCGUGAGAUCAUGCAGCGAAUGAUCCGCCAGUUCGCUGCCGAAUAUACCUCAAAAACUACUCAGGACGACCCGCCCCUGCCCAACGGCACUAUGAAGGACCAAAGCCUGCCGAGAGCGGUGUCUCUGGCCCCGGCCCCGGCCCCGGCCCCCGGCUCGCCGCCCGGGCCCACGCCCUGCUCCCCUCCAUCGUCGGCCUCCUCCUCUCCGUCCCCGCCCCCCGGCCCGGGCUUCAGCCCCACCUCCGCCGCCGUGGCCUCGGCCCCCGCCCCCGCCUGCGACCAGAGCAGCAACGGCACCGGAGCCAGCAACGGAGGGGGAGGGGGGGGCACGGCUGCUGCCUCUGCACAGAACCCCGUCCUCAGCAAGCUGCUCAUGGCCGACCAGGACGGCCCGCUGGACCUCACCGUCAAGAAGAACCAGGUGGACGCAGAGCCCAGCCAGCAGGACGGCGUCCUGGAUCUUUCCACCAAGAAGAACCACAGCGGGAGCAGCCCCAAAACCCUGAGCGGCUUCAGCCCUGCACCAGGGCCCAAAGGGCGCAUGCUUAAAGCCGAGCACACCCUGUCAGAGGUGGAGGAGGAAGACGUGCAGCACAGAAGCGCGCAGGAUGGACGGAGGGAGAACUACGUCAACUCCAGCUCCUUCAAGCCCCCACUGGCCCGCUCACUGCGUAUCAAGGAGGAACUCCUCACCCAAAAGGACCGCCUUCUGAGCCAGUCCACGGCUCUUUCAUUGGCUAGUCUGGAGUCGGCCGGCUUACUAAAUCACGGGCACGCCCACUCCUUGCUAAGCCAGAAAGGCUCUUCUACAUUCUGGGGAAACAAGGCUCAGCUUGAAAGCCUGAUGAAGCUAAAGCAGGCUGGUCGAGCUCUGAGUGACCUCAAAGACCUGCCUACAUUCCUAGAGAACCACCACCACAACCACCAUGGAGCCUUGUCCUAUAAGAGUCCCCUCCACCACCACAGUCACAAUCAAGUCUCAAAGGCCCAGUCUCACCACAACGAGACCAAGAGAGACCAGGGCCAUUCACCGCCCGUCGACCUAAAGAUCCCCCAGGUUCGAGGGAUGGAUCUCUCGUGGGACUCCCAUGGCUCUGACCUGUACGGUUAUGGUUCCAUUGGGGUAGGGGGCGGUGGCCACGGGGAGAGCACCCUGAGCCGGAAGUUGAGAGCCAUCCUCCCCAAGCAGAACCGUCGAGGAGGAAGUCUUGGAACCCUGCUGGACGGAGCGGCGGAGUAUUGGAACUCCGACUUGGACCACUCCAGUUCCGGGCCGGCAUAUUCGAUUUCUGACGUGGAAGGAGACCCGAACUCCAAGCAGCCAAGGAAGAAGAGGGGCCGUUAUCGCCAGUACAACAGUGAGAUUCUGGAGGAAGCCAUAGCAGUUGUGAUGAGCGGCAAAAUGAGCGUGUCGAAGGCACAGAACAUGUACGGGAUCCCACACAGCACCCUUGAGUACAAGGUAAAGGAGCGCAUGGGAACCCUGAAAAACCCCCCAAAGAAGAAGCUCAAGCUGAUGAUGAAGAUGGAGGCGGGAGGCCAGGAUUUUCCCCCUGAGUCGGAGAACACGCCCACUACAACCCCGGGAGAAGACAGCCUGCCGCUAGCAGCUGCUGAGCUCAAGGACGAUGUAAAAGAGGAGAUUGAUGACAAUUUCCAACCAAUCGACUAAACCACUUACACAUGUAAACCUCAGUCACAUCAAUUAAGUAAUUUGAAAAUGGAUGGGGCUUUAUUUGUGCCAAUUUACUUUGCAGUAUCUGGGUGAGCACAAACGCAGGGAUAAAAAGAGGAGGAUUCUUAAAGCAAACUGGAGAGAAACAACUAAUCGGACAGUUUUUAAGCAGCGCCACUUGAGAGGUGCUGAAUGAGCAUUUGUUUAGCUUUUAUAUCCAGGGGCUCAACAAAUGCAACUAAAGACAUGAAAUAAAUGACAAUUGAUACAUUUCCUUAAGCAUGCUGAUAAUCCCCAGCCCAAAACCCCAACCUCCCCUCUUUUUUGAACUUGAUCUGCUGAAUGCAGUCUGGGCUUUGGACAAAUUUGAUUUUGGAAAAAAAAAUUGAGGGGAAAGUUGAAAAUUAAAACAAAAAAAACAACAAAAACCUAAACAAAAAAACCAACUGACAAAUUAGUCCCUUUACCACUCCCUUUUCUCAUGGAAUACUAGCUGAAAAUUGGUAAGUGAACUAUCUAUUAUAUUUAAAGCCAAUUAUAAGGUUUAAUCAUAACAUUGAUACUUCUCCAGGGUUCGGAAUCAAACCCAUUCUCUUAUUGCCAGGUAGCCAUAAUGCUUUAACUGCAAACCUUUUCUUUCCUCCUUAAAAUAUCUGCUAAUCUCUGUGCGGACGAAAGCAAAAUUAACCCGUCUUUUUGUGACCGAGAGAAGACACACAAAAGUCAUUCAGGGAUGCAUGUCUGUGAGUUUCGUGGACACUUCUGACUUCUAUAAUCGACUUCUUUUCCUCUAUCUUUUCGUUUGAUUUGUUUUGCUUUCUUUUGCACUACACUUUGGGUCUGGCGCUUACAGACCAGGUUACCUCGGCAUUGUUGCCCAUUGCAUCAUGCACUUAUUAUGGUCUGUCUCUGAAGCCCAGUCGCAAACUUGCAACAGGUCAUAGGUGCACAUCGUCUGCAUAUGCUGAUUCAUAUUCAGAUCCAGGGCGCUCUGAAUUCACCCUCUUUUUUUUUCUUUUUUUUUUUUUUUCUUUGCCAAGGGACAACUUAAAGGGUACUCUGAUUAUGGAUCAGCUGUUUUUUAAGGCGGGAUGCUACCUCAUGGACCUCUAUCAGUCUGUCACUGCUGAUCCUGGAAAGGCGAAGCCACCUGCAAGUUACCCUCCAAAUGGUGACCAAAGUGAGCUCAACCCCUCAUGGAGCUCGUUAUUGGAUGAUGGCCUCUUAGGAUCAGAAUGUGAAACUGUGCUGCUAUCCAGUUCAUUAUCUAGCUCCUAAAAAGGCUUUAGCUAGUCCAGGCUAAUGACUUUUAGCUUGUCUUAGCUAAUAACAACAUAUUGCUGAUGUUUUGGGUUUUUUUCCAUCCCUUUUUUAAUCAAGCUAGGCAGAAACCGUUUAGUUUUAAAAGAAAUUCCUCUCCCUCAAACUUCAAAGAUGGUUUUAAAGACAGUUAUGUAUGAAGCAAUGUGCAUUUAUUGAGGGUUGUUCAUUUUUGGGGUGGUGGGAGGUAAUAUGCAGUGGGGAGGGUGAGUUGAUAGGUGAGGGAGAGGUAGUUUUUAAUAUAUGUUAAGUUAUUAUGACUGACUUUUUAAAAGCCAAUCCAUAAUUCUGGUUGUAUUUUAUUUCUUUGGCUCCUCAUUUUUAACUCAGGGUAACUGAGACUGAUGAUGUAGAUAAUAAAUAUGGUGAUUUCCUGUUGGACCUAAAGAGAGGAGGACAAGUUGAACCUCUCGCUGAUGCUUUGACCACAUGAUUACCAAGGCAGCGCCACCGCCGGCAGACCUGCAGUUGAGUCAUGAAAAAGAACAGAACACACUGAUGUUUUUUCUUUUCUUUUUUUUCUUCCUAAUUUAACGUAUGGCGCUGAACUAAAAUAGCACUUUUCAAAAUUAAGAGAAUAAACAAGAGUGAAAGUUUGAGGUUAUGCAUGUAGUGUAGCUCUUCUCCUGGUAAACGGAGCCGAGUGAUGAGGACGGCGGAGAGACGCAAUUCUAAAGCUUUAGUGGGAGAAGACCUCUAGAAAGAUGCAGCUUGGACUGAAACGACUCUUUCUUUUUCCACUCAGUUACCUCCGCGCUAAACAGAGACAAGUCUGACACAUUGAACAAGUUGAGUUUUGUGUAGUGUGGUCUCAUUGUUUUCCCUCCCUCGCCUCUAAAUGUUGCUCUUCGCUCCUAACACUGCCUGGUGCUCACCCAGUCUGUGAGAUUUUUAACAUAAGAAUUGUAACUCUACUCAGAUGAAAACAUGAUUGACUCCUUUUGAAAUGUAUUGUACAUUUUAUUUAUUUAAUUUUGUUAUCAUUGUUAUUCUCUUGAAAAUGGCAUGCACCACUUUUUGUUGGCUGAUUUUUGGGGUGAACCAGCGGUUUUACGGUUAGCGUUAAAAGUAAUCCACAAUUAUUCUUAAAGGCGCAGAUUCUCAGCCUGCACUGUUUUAAUUGUGAGACAGUCACUAUUUAAUUAGACUUAUUUACCUGUUGCAUACAAUCUUGAUCCUUAUCUGUGGUUAUUUGUUAUCCAUCCUAAGCUCUGCUGCUUAAAAAAGAAAAGACCCCUGGAGCAAAAGUAGUACCUGGGGUUGUCAAGCAUCAAAUGCGUCCAACACUUUGACAAUGCCAAGCAUUCAAAGUGUCUAAAUGGUUGCUGUGCACAUGGAGCUGGACCCAGCGUAGGACAAUGCACUGAUCUGAUGGUUAAAACAGGAUCAAAGCAACAGUGUUGAUAGUAAAGCACUUCUUAUGAACACACAGCUGCUCACUAAGCUAGCUGUGUGCGUAGAAGUUUUAGAAAAACCCGCAAAACGUAAUCUAGUGCUCUGAUUAGCUUCUUUCAUGUAAUGCAUGUAAAGCGAGAUAUGUGUGCAUAGAAACAAUGUAAUUGGCAUUAAAUGCACAGGUUUGCGAGGAUAAAGUCCAAAAAAGCACUUAAAUUCCCCUGAGAGGGGUGUUCUUUGAAAGCCAAACAGUAUACGUGAACGAUUUACACUAAUCUUUAAAUGAUCUGCUGAAAGUCCCCCCUUUUUUACCUCUAUUGGACAUUUGGCUU